CUAUAGCGCAUGCAAGCCUGAGCGAGCAGGAGCUUACUUGGGCUUAGCAAUGGCGUACGGUAAGCUCGCAGCCCUGGCCGUGCUCGUGGUCCUACUGCAGGCGUCGACCGGCGCCGCCUCCCGCUCGUCGCCCGCCGUGUCGGCUUCCAAGAUCGACAGCAUGCCGGCGGAGAUGUCGCUGAACGGGUUCGAGCGCGGCGAGGACGGCGGCGCGCCGGCGGAGUGCGACGGCAAAUACCACAGCGACGGCGACAUGCUGGCGGCGCUGUCCACGGAGUGGUACGCGGGCGGGGCCCGGUGCUUCAGGACGAUCCGCGUCACGAACUCGGCCACAGGGCAAAGCGUGGAGGCCACGGUGGUGGACGAGUGCGACACCAGGCGCGGAUGCAAGAGCAACAUCGUGGACACCUCCAAGGCCGUGUGGAAGGCGCUCGGGCUCGACACCAACGUCGGCGAGGUGGCCGUUACGUGGUCCGACGCCUGAAUCAGCCGGCCGCGUCCAUCCCAUAUGGGUCGUUGAAUAAUGGGCUGGGCAUUCGCAAAUCGCAAUGCCUGCAUGCUGUGUCUACGUGUCGGCGGAUGCUGGGGGUGCGUAGCGUAAUAAAUGAGGGUUUUCUUCCUCAAGAUCGCACGGGAGAACUGUGAUCAUAUCUCCUACUGUACAAUAUAUCCAUGCAAAGAUAAAAAAAGAUCAUUUGGGUCAUG